UUUCUGUAUGUGUUGAAGUGGUCCAGAGAAGUUUCCUUGGAUUAUUCCGAUUUAAGGCGGUCUGGUUGCGUUAAUCGGAUGGGGAAUUCAACAUCGAAGGGUGGACCUCAUAUCAUCGCCCGUUGCUCGUCACCGAUCUAUUGUGUGCAAGUUAUUGGUAGUAGGCAUAUUCUCCUCGGCGGUGGUGGAGGAGCGUCAAAAACUGGAGUACCAAACAACAUUCAGACCUUGCUACUUUCGUUCAACUCAAAGUCAUUGGCAGUUGCAGCGGAGAAUUCACCAAGGGCCACUGAACGCUUACCGUUGGUAACGGAGGUUACCAACUCAUUGGAAACCGAUCCAUAUGCAACGAUGAAUAUGGACUGUGUGUUAUUGGAAGCUUCGGGACAGGGUAAAUAUCUCUUAGCUGCUGGACAUGAUGAGUACUGUGAUUUAUACGAAUCCAAGGGAUUUUCUUUAUUAAAAGUAAGGGAGAAUGAGCAGCCGCGAUUGGCGCUGGAUUUCGAGAAAAUAUCUCGGGUAACUUCAGAUGAAAAAUCGAGUAAUGCUUACCAGAAAACCGUUCGAUUCGACCGGAGUAUUGAAGGCCGACCUCAGAAGCUAUAUACGGGUGGCGCAGAUGGGUGUAUACGCAUCUGGGAUGUGGAAACAUUAAGACAAAUUUCUACCUCGAAACAUACUCCACUGAUAAAAAUUAAAGCUCAUCAAGGGGAUGUAGAUGAUUUGGAUAUUUCGCCGAAUGGAAAGUUGUGCAUCAGUGUGGGACACGAUGCUGCUGUAUAUAUUUGGAAUACAGCAAAUGGGGAAAAAAUUUGCAGCUUACCGCUACCGAAUGAAAUUAGUGAUGGAUUUAGGGUCCGGUCAGUGCGCUUUACAGUUCUUGGUUCUAAGAACACAAUAUUUUUGGUAACUUACAAUCAAAUUCGACUUGCAAAAAAAGCUGUAUCACAUGUUGCACUAUGGGCAUUCAAUAAUGAACGAAAUGUAUGUCGACCAAUACUUGUUCGAGAAGCUUGUAAAGAGGUCAUCUAAUUUAUUUGGCCAUUAUUGAAUUCUCGUUUUGUUCUCAAUUCGCAAAAGUGCUUGUUGGUCCGUUUACAAUAUCCGCUCUAGCUGUGAGCGACUGUGGUAAUUUCUUUGCUAUUGGGACAAUGGAUGGAGGUGUGGGUAUAUAUGAUACACAUGAAUUGAAACUCCUAUACUUUGCUCAGAAAACACAUGGCAUCUUCGUUACAGCUGUCGAAUUUCUUCCUCAAAGGACAUACGAUUUUGGUCCACUCAAUGGCGAAAAUGAACGGCAGCGUUCUAUUUAUCCAGGAGUGGCAUCCGAAUAUCGAGCAGCUGUAAUUUCGCUAAGCGCGGACCAAACAGUUCAAUUUCAUGCUGUACCUUUCUUGAAACGCAUUCCAUUUACCUAUUUCUUAUGUAAACUGUCACUUUUGGCCUUCUUUUUAUAUUAUACUGUUUGGUAUCUGUGCGACCGACCAAAAAAGUUGAAUUUUCUAGACUAGAUAAAGUUGGAAGUUAGGUAAUAAAGAUUCACCGGGAUGAAAGUAUUCUAUAUGUUCUAUUGGAUGUGAAGCUCAACAGAAGAGAGAUGAGUGGAAUAGAAUAAGAGAAAAAAAAAGGGAAUUUUAGUUUAUUUAUUUUACUGUAGGAAGCGUACUGUGUCAAGCUGGGGCGAGUAAUUUAGUUUUUUGAGAUUGUCACAGAUAUAGUACAAGUGAUGCA